UUUAGUCGAGCAGUGUUGGAAGUCCUUGGAAGGACCCAGAGCCUGAGGGUGGCCCCCCACCAUGAUGGUCCCCUCCUCUGGCCUUCUGCUGGUGCUGAUGUGCUGCCCCCUGCUGGGCCUGGUCCAGUCUGCCAGCGGCAACAAGGCCAGCGAUAACAAACUCGGCGAAUCGGACCCUCAGCGCUGCAUGAGGCACCACUUUGUCGAGACCAUCGCCCACCCCAUAUAUAAGUGCAACUCCAAGAUGGUUCUGCUGGCGCGGUGCGAGGGCCACUGCAGCUGGACCACGCGCUCCGACCCGCUCAUCUCCUUCAGCUCGGUGCUGAAGCAGCCCUUCAAGAGCACCUGCUCCUGCUGCCGGCCACACACCUCCAAGCUCAAGGCGGUGCGGCUGCGCUGCGCCGGCGGCACACGCAUCACCGCCACCUACAGAUACAUCCUGGCCUGCAACUGUGAGGAGUGCAGCUAAAGCUAAGCUCAUUCAUCGCCGCAUAGAACCUUUUUUUUUUUUCUUAACCCGACAUGUGCUGGAUCU